AGUCUUGAACACAAUCCUCUUUUAUUGCCGCCUUACACCGUCUGAAUUGCUCUACCUCGGGCACGUUUUGUGGCUACGAUUCAAUACCUUCUCAUCGCAAGUUUUCUUUUGCCCUUGGCCUUCUUGAAAAUGGCGGACAACAGCACUAUUCCAAUUCGACCUGCUAAUUGCGCCGAGUAUUACGAAUGUCUUGUCGCCUGGGGCUACGUCAAUUACCUGCCGAGCAUUGCGGCCAAUGUGGUGUUCGUGGUUCUCUUUGCCAUUGGUCUCAUUGCCCAAGCAGUAUUAUGCUUCCGCCUUCGUACCUGGGGAUUCUCGAUAGCCAUGCUACUCGGCAUUACCCUUGAAAUCAUUGGCUACGGCGGCCGUAUUGGGAUGCACUAUGAUGUCUUCAUCGACACCUGGUUCAUCAUGUACUUGUGCUGCCUGACCAUAGCGCCAGCUCUCUUUAGCGCAGCCGUGUACCUCUCCCUGUCGCGGAUCCUGGCCAUCUAUGGGGAGAAACUCAGCUUCCUUUCUGGUCGAACCAUCACCAUCACAUUCAUUUCGUGUGACAUUGUUUCCCUGGUUCUACAGGCCGUCGGUGGCGCCAUAGCCUCAACAGCCAUGACAGCUGAGACACGCGACGUUGGUGUCAAUAUCAUGAUCGCUGGCCUGAGCUCUCAGGUGGCCGCAACGACAGGUUUCUCCCUCAUCUGCCUGCACAUCAUCUGGAACAUCCGCAAAUAUCCUGAACGGGUCAAUGUCGAGUCCAGCGAGUUCAGGAAAAGGUGGCCCUUCCGCGGCUUUCUCUGGGCAAUCGCUACCGCGGUUGUCACUAUCUUAAUCCGCUGCUCGUUUCGCGUCGCCGAACUCAGCGAAGGCUUCAAAGGGCAUCUUGCCAAUGACGAGGUGCUCUUCAUUGUAUUCGACGGCGUCAUGAUGGUCAUCUGCGCCUAUGUGUUGACAGUCGCACAUCCUGGCUUGACACUGGGCUCCCGGUGGAAUAUUGGCGCCUUCCAUUGGCGACGAAAUCGGGCGGUCAAACAGGAAGGAAACCCAGCAGAAUGGGGCAGAAAGUGACUUUGCGAGUGCGGAAUCGAAGAAUGAAAGAAAACCAUGCAUGCAGCGGAGUGCGGACGAAAGAAACGGUAUGGAAGUUGGUGUACCAGGUCUUGGCUGCAACGGAAGGUGGUUUUAGAUUGAUAAUCGACCAGGAACGAAAGAGCCAGAACACCACUCCGGCAAUUCUCUGAUGGAAGCUCAAACAGCAUGGGCGGGUGCAGCACAUCAUUCCAGCGACUCGAAGGAGGCUCUCUUACCCGCGCUCCGUGUGACUCUUUUGGAUAGUCCGCUGUCAUCUGGUCCAUCAUGCCCAGUCGAGGUGUCUCCAUUGGUGUCAACUUCUUCGGGGAUCACCUCUUUCGCGAUGGGCGUAUGAGGGAGAUCAUCCUCAGAUUCAGCAUGUGGCGCCGUGCCAGUAAUCUGCUCUACCACUUUGGCCCCUUCACUCUCGGUCCCAUUCCAUGCCCCACAACUACUACACCUCCAUCGACCCAAUUCUUCUAGUGUUCGGACCCCAGGCGGAGCUUGGCCAUUGACCAGACGACAUUGUGAACAUAGUAGGACCAAUCGAUUUUUAGCAGCCAUUUCGUCAUCACCAAGUAGGACGUCCAGAAUCCUGUCGUACCAAUGGGGAGUCUGCUCAUGGGUGGUGCUCCACUGUCGAUCUUGAGGGAAAGCGUUGGGAGCGAAUCCCGGGGCCUCGGGGGACAUGUCGACUGGACUCUGUGCCAAGGCAGGCAUUGCUAGGGGGGAUUGACCAUGUAUGGGGGAGUUUGAGUGUGAUCCAACCUGACCCUGCGCUUGAAUUGGUGACGGAAAUUGCCGACCAGGAAUGUUGGCUGUGGGUGGAGGGGGGAUUCCUGUCCUUUGAGGUUGACCUUUUGCGGGCUGUUUCUUUGUUAUGGCAUCCUUUUUUGAAGCUGGUGGCUGCUUGGAAGGCGUCUUGGCCACCGGAGCGCCGCCGUACUUGUGUAGUAAUUCUUGAGUACUGUCGUACUUGGUAGCCUUUUUAAGAUCAUUGAUCUUGGCUUCACGCUGCUUUGUCAAUCGGUCGACAUUGGAUUGGUGUCUGUC